GCGCAUGUUUUCUCUCUGCUCGCGUCUGUGUGCUGGGGGGAUGGGGUCGUGUCGAGGAUGAGAGACUCCAAAUAUUUAUCUCUUGGCUAACUGAAUAUCUAUAUUUCCGAGCCGUGGACCGUUCCUCGCCGUUGGACGCAGAAACCGGUUCGGCUUCGUAUGAGGCUCGGUGGAGUUUGCCCUCUCUAAAGUGGAGUAUCCGAGCGUCCACGAUCCGUUCAAAAAGUCGACAAAAUGUAUUCUGCUGGAGCUGCAGAGAUUGUGGAGGCACCCCGUUCCUCUGGAUCAAUGAGCUCUGAUCCACCAUCUUCCCCGUUGCCAGAAUAUGUGUUCAAGCCACCAUCGAGGCCAGAUUUUGGCACCAUGGGCAGGGCAAUCAAGCUCCAGGCCAACUUUUUUGAAAUGGAAAUUCCCCAAUUGGAGGUCUAUCACUAUGAUAUUGACAUUAAGCCGGAGAAAUGUCCCAGGAGGGUUAAUCGUGAAAUCGUGGAGCACAUGGUCCAGCACUUUAAAACACAGAUCUUUGGUGAUCGAAAGCCGGUGUAUGACGGAAGGAAGAACCUCUACACUGCCAUGCCUUUGCCCAUAGGCCGAGACAAAGUGGAGCUUGAAGUGACGAUUCCAGGUGAAGGCAAAGACCGCAGCUUCAAGGUGUCCAUCAAAUGGGUGUCCUGCGUUAGCCUCCAAGCGCUCCACGAGGCGCUCUCAGGACGGCUACCGAGCGUUCCCUUUGAAACCAUUCAAGCUUUGGAUGUGGUCAUGAGGCAUUUACCGUCUAUGAGGUAUACCCCAGUGGGGCGCUCUUUCUUCACGCCCUCAGAGGGGUGCUCCAACCCUCUCGGCGGUGGCCGGGAGGUGUGGUUCGGUUUCCAUCAGUCCGUCAGGCCCUCGCUCUGGAAAAUGAUGCUCAACAUCGAUGUUUCCGCCACUGCUUUCUACAAGGCCCAGCCUGUGAUUGAAUUCAUGUGUGAAGUUCUGGAUUUUAAAAGCAUCGAGGAGCAACAGAAGCCUUUAACAGACUCUCAGCGAGUCAAGUUUACAAAAGAAAUCAAAGGCCUCAAAGUUGAGAUAACCCACUGUGGGCAGAUGAAGAGAAAGUACAGAGUUUGCAACGUGACCAGAAGACCAGCGAGCCAUCAGACGUUCCCCUUGCAGCAGGAGAACGGGCAAACCAUCGAAUGCACAGUAGCACAGUACUUCAAAGACAAGUACAAACUCAUCCUGCGAUACCCUCAUCUCCCGUGUUUACAGGUGGGACAGGAGCAGAAGCACACCUACCUCCCUCUAGAGGUGUGUAACAUAGUGGCGGGCCAGCGCUGCAUCAAAAAGCUGACCGACAAUCAAACCUCCACGAUGAUCCGCGCCACCGCCAGGUCGGCACCGGACCGCCAGGAUGAAAUCAGUAAACUGAUGAGAAGUGCCAACUUCAACACUGACCCUUACGUCCGGGAGUUUGGAGUGAUGGUGAGGGACGAGAUGACGGAGGUGAACGGCCGCGUCCUGCAGGCGCCGUCCAUCCUUUAUGGCGGCAGGAACAAAGCGAUAGCGACCCCGAUCCAGGGAGUGUGGGACAUGAGGAACAAGCAGUUCCACACCGGCAUCGAGAUCAAAGUGUGGGCCAUCGCCUGCUUCGCGCCGCAGAGGCAGUGCACCGAACUUCUGCUCAAAGCGUUCACGGAUCAGCUGAGGAAGAUCUCUCGAGACGCGGGGAUGCCCAUCCAGGGCCAGCCUUGUUUCUGCAAGUACGCCCAGGGGGCGGACAGCGUGGAGCCCAUGUUCAGGCACCUCAAGUACACCUACCAGGGCCUGCAGCUGGUGGUGGUCAUCCUCCCUGGAAAGACUCCAGUUUAUGCUGAGGUGAAGCGGGUUGGGGACACCGUACUCGGAAUGGCCACGCAAUGUGUCCAGGUGAAGAAUGUCCAGAAGACAACGCCUCAGACGUUGUCCAACCUCUGUCUGAAGAUCAACGUCAAGCUCGGUGGCGUCAACAACAUCCUGCUGCCGCAGGGCAGGCCGCUGGUGUUCCAACAGCCUGUGAUCUUCCUCGGUUCAGAUGUGACCCAUCCGCCAGCGGGGGAUGGAAAGAAACCCUCCAUCGCCGCUGUGGUCGGUAGCAUGGAUGCCCACCCCAGCCGAUACUGCGCCACGGUGCGGGUGCAGCAGCACCGUCAGGACAUCAUCCAGGACCUGGCCAACAUGGUGCGAGAGCUUCUUAUCCAGUUCUACAAGUCCACUCGCUUCAAGCCCACCAGAAUCAUCUACUACCGAGACGGCAUUUCUGAGGGCCAGUUUAGCCAGGUCCUUCAGCACGAGCUGCUGGCGAUCCGCGAGGCUUGCAUCAAACUAGAGAAGGAUUACCAACCCGGUAUCACCUUCGUGGUCGUACAGAAGAGGCACCACACAAGGCUGUUCUGUGUGGACAGAAACGAAAGGGUCGGAAAGAGUGGCAACAUUCCUGCCGGGACCACGGUGGACACCAAAAUCACUCACCCGUCGGAGUUUGACUUCUAUCUGUGCAGUCAUGCGGGCAUUCAGGGAACUAGCAGACCGUCUCACUACCACGUGCUCUGGGAUGACAACCACUUCUCGUCGGACGAGCUGCAGGUCCUCACCUACCAGCUUUGCCACACCUACGUGCGCUGCACCCGGUCCGUUUCCAUCCCAGCACCGGCCUACUACGCCCACCUAGUGGCUUUCCGGGCUCGCUAUCACUUGGUAGACAAAGAGCACGACAGUGCCGAGGGCAGCCAUACGUCAGGCCAGAGCAACGGGCGGGACCAUCAGGCGUUGGCCAAGGCUGUUCAGAUCCACCAGGACACCCUGCGCACCAUGUACUUUGCCUGACAGCAGAGAGCCCGGAUGGGUGUGGGUGAAACCCCACUAAUGAAUCAAGCAACAACCCCCCCAGCUGUCUGUGAGCUGCAAACUCCACCACAGGGCUUCACAUCCGUUCUCUAGCUGGUGAUAACUUGACGAUAUGUCUACAGUUCUCCCCUUGAUCCCGCCUAAAUUAAGCCAUCUAGCUGAAAAAUGGCUAAUUUAGCUGGAAAUUUGAUGGAUGCAUUUGAUCUUUAUUUAUUUUUAAUUUUUGUUAAGCAUAAAGGAACUUUUUUUUUUUUUUUAACUCCAGUCUGAAAAAAAAAAAGAAAAGGAAAUGGUCAAAUUUGCACACCAAAAAAACCCGGAUAGUUUCUAAAAGAAAGUGGGCUGUUACAUUAUACACCAGGUUUUUUUUGUUUUUUUUUCCCCUCUAACCUGGAAAAAGUUUCCUACGUCCGAUUUUUGUUUGUGCUCGAGCGGAUCCUGGUGCUUAAACAGAGAAUCAAAAGAUUCGCAGGCUCACUUACUGUUUAUAUGCCUAAACGUUUUAAAUCAAACAUUAUUAGCCAAUCAAAGCAAAGUGCACUGACCAGGAUGGGUACUUCAAGAAGGACAAAAGUACUUAAUAUAUUAUGAAUAAUUUUUAUAUUUCUUUCCUUCAACAUAGGUCAUUAUUUGAUUUUUUUUUUUUUUAAGUGCCAUU